GAUGAUACCCUCAUCGACUCGUGGCUCGUUGGAUCCCCGAGUAAUCGAGGAAAUAUCGUCGGGAUACUCACUAUAUACCAGUGGUAUUGAGAUUUAACCUGCUGUCUUGGCCGUUCUUUCCUUACAUUUUUCGGCCUGUGCCUAAGAAAUCAAAUUUUGUUCGUUUUCAACAACAUUCCUACACUCUGCAGAAUCCUUUGUGCUCCCAAUUUUGGUAUGCUUAUGUUCACUCUACUCCUAUCAACCCUCGUUGUAUCAUCGUCUAUUUUUGUUGUUUGUGCCCCAAUUCUAACUAAUGCCUGCCCUGAUGAACGCACAACAAUCCCAAAGAUCAAUAUCACGAAGAUUGCUAAAAAGCGAAGAAGUACCCGCAACCUCAAAUCUCAGUCUCGACCCCAUUCUCGACCCCAUUCUCGACCUAGGUCUCCCAUCUGAAAUCAAAGCGCAAAUUUUCAAUCGCCUUGGUGUCGAAGAUGCAGGAUCCUUAAGAUUAAUAUCUCGAGCUUGGGCUAUCACCGGGACCGAGAGACUAUUCCGAGAUGGCUUCAAGCUCCACCCUCAUUGUCAACCAACAGACAUGGAUAGGCUGCGCAAAGUAUCCGAGUGUUCGCACCUAGCUCAAACAAUCAAGUCGAUAAUCAUAUUUCUAGAUUCGAGUGAUGCGAGAAAAUGGACAUUUUACUUUUCAGAUGCGCGAGAAAUUCUUCGAAGACGAAUCGCUAAUGAACCGGGCUUUUGUGACCCCGUCCACUUGGCAAAAACUUUCAGCAACCUUCCUAAUUUUAGAAGCCUCACGAUCACUUCACUAAGUUAUCCACUUUCGGAAGAUAUGUUUCAAUCGACGUCUACAUGGAUUCCUAGUUGGAACUCGACAAUCGAAGAAGAGCGAACACAAUUUAUGGCAGACGACUUGUCUCAAUGGUAUUACACUUCAAUAGUAGCAGCAGUCAAUGCGGCGGGUGUAGCACUCUCAUCCGUCGAGUUCGACUGCUUGCCCAUGGAUUGUUUGUCAUCCCAGGAACUGGGGUCUCCUCCUUUCAUUCCCCUACAACCCUCUCUGCAUCGACUCUGUCUUUUAUCCGAGUGUUCUGGCCAUCCAUAUAGAUCUCUUAGUGGUCUAGUCACCCCUCUCGAGCAACUAUCGAUUGGAUUCUGGGACUAUGGAUUUACAUCUUGGCAAGAUUCGCUCGUUGCUCAAAGAAUCACUGACCUUUUGAUUUCGGCACAGCGUCUUCGGAGAUUAGAUUUGAUGUUUGUAAUGAACCUCUCUACAAAUAUGACACCAGACUUUCAGAUUGCAUGGAAAAAUUCAUUCUAUAGCAUCACAAUUCCUCGUUUGGAAAGUCUUCGUCUUCAUCAAACCGACAUUCCAGGACCCCUUCUCAUUUCAUUCCUCGAGCGGCAUCGGUCUACUCUCAAGAACUUGCAUCUUAGCGGUGGAUAUGGUUGCGGACCUGGUAGUGGUUGGAAUCACCUCACACGAUUUCAAUGGAAAGAAAUGCUUACCUCAUUCAGAGAUAAUCUCUCGCUCCGAAAAUUCGAACUCAUGACCUAUGACGAUAGAAAGAAUAUAUAUGACUGGAAUUGGAACACUGUUCCGGGAACAGAUAUAACAUUUGCGAAAUUGUUGGAAAUUAUGUGCUGAGAAAAAGUCCAUGGCCAUUUUUGAUGCCGUUGGAGAAAACAAAACAUGACUAUUGGGGUUGGAGAGUUGAUGAGAAAAUUUGGAGAAUGCUUUGAUUCGGUGAUUAUGGUAACUGGUUGAAUGGAAAAUUAGAUCUUUUGGGAUAUUCCAUAAUUCCCAGAAGUUGUAUCAUCAGAUUGGAAACACUGCAUCUGAUAAGUUAUUACUCGCGUUACCAUUAUUGUCGUUUGUCAUGUAUGAACCUAGAGACUUUUCUGAUAAUGACAGGCUCCGCUGUAAUCCA